GUGCGUACGUGUGGGUGCGUGUGCUUGUACGCCGUUUGUUUCGUGUAGUGUGCAGGGGAUUUUUUCUCUCUCUCUGAGGAGACCAUCUAACUCUCACUAAGUGUUGAUGUGAAAGCGGGAUUAGGAGUUAAACAUGUGUAUCCCGUGCUGUUUAUCUCAGCUGGCCUGCUGCUGCGGCUCGGCAGCCUGCUCACUGUGCUGCUCCUGCUGUCCCAAGAUCAAGCAGUCCACAGGAACACGCUUCAUGUACGCGCUCUACUUCAUGCUGGUCACAGUCACAUGUGUGAUCAUGAUGUCACCCACAGUGGAAGCGCAAGUGCGGGAUAAUUUUCCAUUUUACUCAGAGAUUUGUAAAAAGCUGAAUGCCGGAGAGAACUGCAGCGCUCUGGUCGGUUACUCGGCAGUCUACAAAGUCUGUUUUGGCAUGGCGUGCUUCUUCUUCUUCUUUUCCGUGUUCACGAUCCGAAUACGGAGCAGCACAGGAUGUCGGGCAGCCGUACACAACGGAUUCUGGUUCUUGAAGUUUUUGGCUUUGCUAGCCUGCUGUGCAGGAGGCUUUUUCUUACCUGGUGAAGAAAAGUUUCUUGAAGUGUGGCGUUAUGUCGGAGCUGCCGGGGGCUUCCUCUUCCUCCUAAUACAGCUUAUGCUCCUGGUGCAGUUUGCUCACAGAUGGAACCAGAACUGGAGUUCAGGAGUAGACCACAACAAGCUGUGGUAUGCAGCGCUGGCCCUGGUCACAUUGGUGCUCUUUUCUGUGGCAGUGGGCGCUCUUGUGUUUAUGGCCUUAUACUACACACAUCCUGAGGCCUGCUUUCUCAACAAGAUCUUCCUGGGGGUGAACUCGGGUCUAUGCUUCAUCGUCUCACUGCUGGCCAUUUCUCCCUGCAUUCAGACAUUCCAGCCCGCCUCAGGCCUGCUUCAGCCAGCUGUCAUCAGUGUCUAUGUCAUGUAUCUCACCUUCUCAGCCCUGUCUAGCAAACCCAUUGAAGUGAUGGAGCUUGAUGGAAAGAACCAAACUGUCUGCGUCUUUCCUUUCUCUGGAACAGAAGGUGACAGGAAAAUAGCGACUGGAGUAGGAACGACCAUUUUGUUCGGCUGCGUGCUUUAUUCAUGCUUGACCUCCACAACAAAGAGGAGCUCAGCGGCAUUACGAGUGUACAGAAACUCAGUGCAAGAAAAUGAGAGGGCACGUUGCUGCUUUUGCUGCACUGACUUUGCAGAGGAUUAUGAUGGGGAGGAGAAGACUGUGGGAGGACAGAAUGUAUUUUAUGAUGAGAACGAGGGCACUGUCUACAGCUAUGCCUACUUCCAUUUUGUCUUCUUCCUUGGCUCACUUUAUGUCAUGAUGACGGUCACAAACUGGUUCCAUUAUGACAAUGCUAAGAUUGAGAGAUUGUUGGAAGGGAGCUGGUCAGUGUUCUGGAUCAAGAUGGCAUCUUGUUGGGUUUGUCUCUUCCUCUACAUGUGGACUCUGGUAGCCCCCAUGCUCUUCCCAAAGAGGUUUGAAGCAUAAAGACCAUCUUCGAAUACAUCACAUCCACCCUGUCACUAAAACAUUUUGUAGAUUGUGUUACUUUUCUUAACAGUUUCAUUUUAAAAGUUUUACUUGCCUGACACCUUCAGUAUCAGAUCAGUGGAGAUUUGUUACAUUUUUUUUGGUUACAUGUUUUUGUUCAUUUGAUUACUUGGUAAUCAGGACGGCAUCUUUUUUUCAUUAUUAUUAGGCAAGUAGAAACCAUGAAGGUAUGAAAACAAAGCAUUGCUCAGGCUCAUUUUACUGUUACUGUCUCAUGUGUUACAUUGCAUCUUUUGAUAGAUAAAGUAUUCUAUGCAAGUCAA